ACGCUGUCGAAAAAUCGAAUGCUGCCAAAUCAGAUGUUCAAAUAGCGAUUUGUAGAAAUGACAACGGGUUUGCUUCGCUAGACAUAUGUGGCCAGCGAGAUCUUUUAGAAUAUUUUAGAUUAUGUAUCGUGUAAAUUUUCAUAUACUAACGUUGCUAUUGCCGUGUUGUCAACGAGAGCUUGUGGAUUUGAACCUAUCGGUUUCGAAGCGAUGAGAAGAUGUUCCGAAACUUAAGAUUGACGUUCGGAAAAAUCAGGCACGCGAAACCUUUCCAAUUAUGUGGACGAUACAUGCAAAGCUUGAGGGAACCUGCUCAACCUUUAAAACGGUGUCCAAAAUGGGUUUGCGUGGAAGAUGCAGUGAAACUCAUAAAUUCAGAGCAUUUGGUUUUCAUACAAGGUGGUGCGGCCACGCCGAUGGAAUUGGUGCGCGCCAUGACCGAGCACGGAGUGUGCAAUAAUUUGCGUGGGGUGAGAUUAGUACACAUGAGUCUCGAGGGGGAUACGCCGUUCGCCAAUCCGGAGUUUGAGAAGCACUUCAGGUCUAUCAGUCUGUACGUGGGCGCUUCUCUGAGGGAGGCAGUGAACGAGGGACGGGCGGACUACAUCCCGGUGUUCUUGCACGAGACGCCGAGGUUGUUCUUUGAGAAAAAGAUCGUGCCGGACAUUGCGCUAAUCCACGUGAGCAUGCCAGACGCGCGUGGAUUCUGCUCGCUCGGCGUGAGCGCCGAUUGCACCCGUGCCGCAAUAUGCACUGCCAAAGUCCUCAUCGCGCAAGUAAACGAGCACAUGCCGAGAUCAUUCGGCGACACGCUGAUCCAUUCGAGUCAUUUUGACUGGGCGGUGAGAUACGACUGUCCUCUGCCUUGCGUCGCUUGUCCACCGCCAAACGAUCUCGAGCAAGAGAUCGGUAAAAUCAUCGCGCAACGGCUGGUCGAGGAUGGAGCGACACUGCAGCUUGGUAUCGGCUGCAUCCCCGACGCGGUGCUCUGCGCCCUAGUAAAUCACAAAGACCUGGGUAUACAUUCUGAAAUCAUUUGCGACGCGAUGGUCGACCUGGUGCUUCACGGUAACAUCACGAACAAGUGGAAGACCAGGCAUAGAGGACGCAUAGUGAGCUCUUUCGGCAUCGGCACGAAAAGAUUGUACGAUUUCCUGCACAACAAUCCGGUCGUUGAGAUGCUAGCGAUCAAUUACGUAAACGAUCCCCGAGUGAUCUCGAUGCAGCCGAGGAUGACGGCCAUCAAUUCUUGCAUCGAGAUGGACCUCACUGGCCAGGUGUGCUCGGACAGUUUAGGCUGUAAGAUAUAUUCCGGUUUCGGCGGCCAGCUGGAUUUUCUUCGAGGCGCGGCGAUCAGUCAGGACGGUCGUGGGAAAGCCAUCAUCGCGUUUCCCUCAGUCACCAGCCAAGGGGAGAGCAAAAUACAACCGGUGCUGAAACUCGGGGCCGGAGUAGUGGUAACAAAAGCUCACGCGCAUUACAUAGUCACGGAACACGGAGUGGCGGAUCUUUUUGGUAAAACCUUACGACAAAGGGCGAAUGCACUGAUCCAAAUUGCGCAUCCCGAUCACAGAGAAUGCCUCGAAAAGGCCGCAUUCGAACGCUUGAAAUCUAACCCGACGAAAUAUCUGUAAUACUUGUGAUAUGUAAAUACAAGUCCGUGUAAUAGUCCAAGUCCCAUACAAAUAAUAAAUUUUGAUAACAAGAAUAUAACAAUGCUGUGUUAUAAACUGAUACAUUUUAUAUUACAAUUAAUGAUAAAGAUAAAUAUAAAUAUAAUCUCAAAGUCAAAAAUACAUGUGCUGCAGCAGUAGGAACAUUCACGUAGCGCAGCUGCAAAUGUACUGAUCUCGGUAAUUUAUACUUCGUUUGUAAAUUAAAUAAUCGAAUAUUUUCGUAAAAUAAACGAAACGUUAGAAGUCUA